AUGUAAUGAGACGACAUGCGUACAGUCGUAGUAGCAUCCUCACUCCUUGCCUGUAGCCUCGUCGCACAGGCUCAGCUCAUGCCACGCAAACCCUUCAGUCCCGACCACGCCGCGCGCUCAGGCGUACAAUUUAGAUACCAGCAGAAACCCAUCAUGGACUCAUCUCCCGCUAUUCAGCUUCCGCCCUCUUCAGACGGUAAUGCGCCCCCACCGCCUCCUACGGGCGACGUGAUUCUGUCCGACGUAAUCGGCAAUGAGCGCCGCAUCAACAUCUUCGCAGGCUUCACACGAGACAUCUCCACCGUUUCCGAUCGCCUCGACAACUCAUCCGAGAACACCACAGUCCUUGCACCUAUAAACUCCGCUAUUACGUCCCUGCCUAGAAAACCCUGGGAAGACCCGAGAGAAUAUGCUGCACUGGGCGCAAAUGCCUACGAAGGAGCGGACGGAGAAGACAGAGCGCAUAGAAAUCUGAGGAGAUUUACUGAGGCGCAUGUUGUGCCGCAAUCGCCUUGGAAGGAAGGCGACAAAGUAGCGACCGUUGGCGGCGCGAAGAUCUGGUGGGAAGUGGAAGAUGGCAAGGCAUAUGUCCAACCUGGCGAUGUGGAGGUGGAGCGAGUGGUCAGCAGAGUCAAGAAUGGAGAAGUUUGGAUUUUGAAAGGUGUGCUGAACUAUGCUCCUUGAGAAUAAGGCUACGUGUUACGAAAUCAUGAGAUGAUGAGAAUUACAAGCGCGGCUCGCAGUCCCCCGUACCGUGGAACUAAAGGCCUGGGGCUGACUACAAAUGGUCUUCAAAUGUCACAGGCUUCUGUGCCAGUGGGUACUAGAAGGAUAUUCAGGCCUGAGUGAGAAGAUCAAGUCGCUGUCCCAGAGCAAACUCUGGGUCGAACGCCAUCACAGUAACCUCAGUGGGCCAGAAGGCUUUUGCCUCCACACCAACACCUGCUAAAACUCGUCGCGCGAGACCAAUUGGACAUAACAUCGAUGCCUCGAUUCGGAACCUAUUGCUGCAACGGAUGGAACUGGCACAAGAUGAUGUGGGACGGCCUUAUACGCACAGCUAUAAAUUCAGUUCAUUGUCU